AUGUUUUCCUUUCGGCAACCGCUGAGGCACCUCUGCCAUAUCAACUCAUCCUUUCCGCGGCCGAAGCGUCACUUAGCCAGCGCAGCUGCUUGCACCCUCCAAGCCAAGCCAAUCAGUCCAUCCUUUGGUGCCGAGGUUGAAGGAGUCGACUGGUCCGGACCGCUCGCACCGAAUGUCGUGAGAGAGAUCGUCCAAUUGCAGAACCGAUGGGGUGUUCUGGUCUUCCGCCAAACGGGGUUGAACGACGCCACUCACGUUGGAUAUUCGAAGAACUUCGGAGCCCUUGAGACCGCCCAUGCCAUGAACAAGCCUCGGCGAUCCUCGCUGCCUCAACUGUAUGACGCAGGAAAUCUAGGCCCUGAUGACCGGAUCAUCCCUCAAUUCAGCCGUGCUUGGUGGCACACCAAAGGAAAUGGGCUCUGGCACACGGACUCAUCUUUCCACCAGCUUCGCUCAUCCUACAGCGCCUUGCGCGCGGUUGAACUCCCACCAGCCGGAGGACAAACAAAGUAUGCCGAUAUGCGAGCAGCCUAUCGGGGUCUGCCGGAUGACCUCAAGGAAAGAAUCGAAAACCUGGUGAUAGAGCACUGGAUUUGGCAUUCCCGAAAGCUGGCGGCACCCCAAGAAUUCGAGAAACCGACCGAGGAGGAGAAAGCGACACUCCCGCCAGCCUACCACAAGCUCGUCCAGGUUGCUCCCGACGGCAUUAAUAAAACUCUGUACAUUGCGAGUCACGCACGACGAAUCAUCGGCAUGGCGGACAGUGAGUCAACAUCUCUGAUUAGAGCCUUGUUGGACCAUGCCCAGCAACCACAAUAUCAGAUUGCAGUGAAGUGGAAGAACAUUGGCGAUCUCGUGCAAUGGGAUAAUCGGUGCACGAUGCAUAGAGCGACUGCGUUCCAAGACCAGAAGAACCGCAGAGAUAUGCGACGAACCACCACCCAUGAUCAUGGGCCCGGGGCAUUUGGCGUGAAGAAUCAGCUUUCGGCGGACGAUAUUGACGUCCGGGUCGGGGGCACGAUUGAUAUCUCCACAGGACCAACUCCAGAAACGCAAACCCAAGAGCAAAUCCUGGCGAUGUAA